UGAAAUGUCCAGCGCAUAGCCUCCGGAAGUCUUUCCCCAAUGCUUUAUAAACCACCUAGAAAAAAUGUCAAUUGUAAAGUAAUGGAACAUUAACUAGGCUUAAUUAACUCACUGCUGUUAGCUUGUCAAUAUCAAUCAGAAUUCAACCUGCUGGAAAAUCCAGCUUAAGCUGGUAACUUUGUGUUGGAACAUGGAAUCUGGUUUCUAGCUGGUCUAAAAUAUUCUAAGCUAGAUAUUGACUGUUUUUUUUUUUUUUUUUUUGGAAAUCUUUGGAAAUCUUUUGGAUAAAAGCAUAUGCCAAGUGACUUAGACCAGCUGAAACCACCAUCUUUUCAAAUAUCUACAGCAGGGAAAGCAGUCGUGGAGCUGUCCAUUGUGCUGAAAGCGUGCUGGCUCACAAUUCACUGAUGAAAUCACUAUGCCCUGAUGAAUAUGCCACAUACACUUUUCCACAUCGUUCGCCUCUAUUCCUCCAAAACACAUUUAUACGUCAUAUGGGACUGGCUUCUGAUGCAUUUGGAGCUCAACCAGUGUUUGUUUUGGAAAAUGAGGGACUCGUGGUAAAGCAGAGAGCGCGAUGUGUAAGUGUGUGCGCGUUAGAGGGAUGACGAUGACGGCGUUUGGGGAGCUGUGGGUGUCUUUAAGAGCUUCUUUCAGCUGCUCACUGGUGUCAGGAUAGAGAGGCACGAGCCACCGAAAUACUCACGAGAACAGAGAGACACGCACAUCGUAUUGGAAAUACGUUUAUUUUCAUACACAUUUAGGAUAUACGGACAUCGGGAAACCAGGACAAGAUGCAGUCGCCAAAGUCACAGGCUUUUGCUGUCAGUUUGACGCUGUUCUCCGUUCUCAGCUCGGCAAUGUGCGCCAGUCACUACAGCUGUGAUGGAUCUCUGGCAUCUCUUCUGCCAGCAACUUCCUUUCAGAGCUCUUCACAUUUCUCAGACAGUCGGGCUGCAUAUUUUGCCAAGCUAAACAAAAGAGAUGGAGGAGGUGGUUGGAGCCCAGAGUCGACGGACAGGUCGCCCUGGCUGCAGGUUGACCUCCAGGAACGAAUGGAGGUCACAGCAGUGGCCACACAAGGUCGUCAUGGCAGCUCGGACUGGGUCAGUGCCUACAUGCUCCUGUACAGUGACACCGGACGCAUCUGGAAACAGUACAUGUUUGAGGACAAUGUUGGGAGGAUUGUGGGUAACAUGAAUCCAGACAGUGUGGUCCACCAUAAACUCAGCCAGUCUAUCAGAACCCGGUUCCUCCGCUUCGUUCCUCUGGACUGGAGCCCCAGCGGUCGGGUGGGCCUCAGGGUGGCUGUGUACGGCUGUGCUUACCGAUCAUAUGUGGCUGAUUUUGAUGGCAGAAGCUCUUUGCUCUACCGAUUCAACCAGAAGUCUAUGAGCACGGUGAAAGAUGUUAUAUCGCUGCGAUUUAAGAGUCGACAGACAGAAGGUGUUUUACUGCAUGGAGAAGGCCAGCGAGGAGAUUAUAUCACUCUGGAGCUUCAUCGUGGCAGGCUGGCCUUACAUCUAAACCUGGAUGACAGCCGGGUGAGAUCCAGCAGUGCUCGUAUGGUGGUCACUUUAGGAAGUCUCCUGGACGAUCUGCACUGGCACUCUGUUCUGAUCGAACGCUUUAACAAGCAGGUCAACUUCACUUUGGAUAGACACACUCAGCACUUUAGGACCAAGGGUGAUGGAGACUCUCUAGAGGUCGACUAUGAGCUAAGCUUUGGUGGGAUCCCACUGCCAGGUAAACCUGGAACCUUUAUUCGACGUAACUUUCAUGGCUGCAUGGAGAACCUCUACUACAAUGGAGUGAAUGUCAUCGACCUGGCUAAACGACGAAAGCCUCAGAUAUACAGUGUGGGCAACGUGACCUUUUCCUGCUCAGAACCACAGCUGGUGGCUGCCACAUUUCAGAGCUCCAGCAGCAGCUUUCUGUCGCUGCCAGCUCCUGCACCGGUCCUGGAGGGCCUUUCGGUGCGCCUGCAGUUUCGCACCUGGAACCCUGAUGGCCUGCUGCUGUCCAGUCCACUGAUCUCUGGUCAGGAGCCUCAUUACCUGAUUUUGCAGAUCAGCAGUGGGCGCCUCCACCUUACACACCAGACAUCAACUCUGAAGAUGUCAGAAGUGUCAGCUGGUCAGAGGGUGAAUGAUGGUUUGUGGCAUUCAGUCAGUCUCAACGCUAGAGGUCUGCAGAUCGUCAUGACUCUGGACAGUGAGCCCGCAUCCACCAUCCAGCUGACGAACUACCUGGAACCAAAAGACAAACACUAUUUUGGAGGAUGUCCUGUAUCCCAGAACAAAUCCAGCUGCUUCAAUCCCACGAUGGCCUUUCAAGGCUGCGUCCGAAUCAUCCUUGUCAACAACCAACCUGUUGAUCUUCUGUCAGUCCAGCAAGGCCAUCUAGGAAGCUACAGUCAGCUACAGUUUGACUUAUGUGGCAUCCGUGACAGGUGUCUAUAUAAUUUCUGUGAGCAUGGCAGCCGGUGUUCCCAGACGUGGUCUUCUUUCACCUGUGAUUGCACCGGUACAGGAUACAGUGGAGCUACGUGCCAUAACUCCAUCUAUGAAGCUUCAUGUGAACACUACAGGCUUGCAGGAAGCACUUCUGGAUAUUUCUCUAUAGAUCCUGAUGGAAGUGGCCCUCUUGAUCCUGUUCAGGUCUACUGCAACAUUACAGGGAUCAAAGUGUGGACGGUGGUUCGUCACAACAGCUCGAAUGCAGUUAGUGUACGAGGCUCUACGCAGCAGAAGCCACAUGUUGGAUGGUUCAAUUAUAGUGCCUCAUCUGAACAGCUGAAAGCCCUGGUUUCUCUGUCGGAACACUGUGAGCAGAGAAUCGCCUACCACUGCAGAAGGUCACGGCUCUUUUACCCCUGGGAUGGCACCCCUUUGUCCUGGUGGGUGGACCGCAGAGGAGAGAAGAGGACCUAUUGGGGUGGAUACCAGCCAGGGGUGCAGCAGUGCUCCUGCGGUCUGGAAGAGAACUGUGUCGACAUGAACUACUUUUGCAACUGUGAUGCAGACAGAGUGUCAUGGGAGAAUGACACUGGUGUCCUCUCAUAUAAGGAACACUUGCCAGUGCAGGAGAUUGCGAUUGGCGAUACUUACAGACAAGGCUCUGAAGCCAUGUAUAUCGUGGGACCCCUGCAGUGCUCUGGUGACAAGUCCCUGUGGAAUGCUGUAUCUUUUUAUCAAGCGGCUUCAAGUCUGCAGUUCCCAGCCCUUCAGGCAGAGCUUUCCCUCGAUGUCUCCUUCUACUUCAAGACUGCUUCCCCCUCCGGGGUCUUCUUGGAAAACAUGGGCAUUCAAGACUUUAUCAGGGUUGAGCUGAGCUCUCCAUCAGCAGUGACUUUCUCCUUUAAUGCGGGCGACGGGCCAGUAGUCCUGACCGUCAAAUCUCCUGUGCCACUGAACGACAGGCAGUGGCAUUGGGUUCGAGCUGAACGCAAUGUGAAAGAGGCAUGCCUGCAGGUCGACCAGCUGCCCCUGCGGAUCAUAGAAACCCCACCUGAUGGACACCUUCGCCUGCAGCUUGGAAACCAGCUGUUUGUUGGGGGCACAGCCAAAAGACAUAGAGGCUUUCUUGGAUGUAUUCGGUCAUUAAACAUGAACGGAGUGAGUUUUGACAUGGAGGAACGGGCCAAAGUGACACCAGGAGUGAGUUCAGGGUGUGCGGGUCACUGUAGCAGCUCAGCUAGGCUCUGCCACAAUCGGGGGAAAUGCAUUGAGAAGAGCAGCGGUUACAUGUGCGAUUGCACUAACUCCGCUUAUGGGGGACCCUCUUGCACAGAAGAGGUGUCCAUGUCCUUUGAAAGAGGAGCAUCGGUCACCUACAUAUUUCAGGAGCCAUUCUCUGUCAUACAGAACAGGUCGGCCACAGUGCUGUCUGUCCCCUCUCAGUACAGCAAGACCAGGGACAACAUGGCACUGAGUUUCCAGACCACUCAGAGUCCUGCCAUGCUGCUCACAGUCAACACUCUCAGCCAGCAGUAUGUAGCCAUCAUCUUAGCACGGAACGGGAGUUUACAAAUCUGGUACCAACUGCAUAAGGAGAAGAGACCGGAUGUGUUUAGCCCCAUCCUGAGCAGCCUGGCAGACGGACGGCUGCAUAGAGUUCACAUCCAGCGGGAGGGAAAGGACGUGUUUGUUCAGGUUGACCAUGAAAAUAAGAAGUACACACUUUCAUAUGAAGCAGCGUUUAACUCUAUGAAGUCACUGACAUUGGGGAAAGUCACAGGAAGUGAUGUAAUGGAUGAUGAGGUAGCUCAUGCUGGGUCCAAAGGAUUCAUCGGCUGCUUCUCAUCUGUCCAGUAUAACCACGUUGCUCCAUUGAAGGCAGCAUUAUUGAACAGAGGUAGCUCUCUGGUCAGCAUACGAGGACAUUUACUGGAAUCAAAUUGCGGAGCAUUAGCUGAUCUUUCAACCUCUGUCUCUCGUUUAGAUCAUGGAGAGGAGGUGGGAAAAGAUAACGAGCAUCGUGAAGACGACAGCCAGCCUGAUUCAGCUGUAAUCGGAGGUGUGGUGACAGCUGCAGUCUUCAGUACACUCUGUGUGCUGGCAGUGAUGACCCGUUUCCUUUACCAACAUCGACAAGCUCAAAGAACUGCAAGCCUCCAAGAAAAGGAGCACCAACGUAGCCUUGAAGCUGCUUACAGGGCAGAGUUUCACCUUCACAACUCCAUGAGAGACAGCAUGCAAGAGUACUACAUCUGAUGGACAAUCCGACCCUGUAGUUUUCAGUUCAGCUGUCCGUUCCUCCUGUGUCUCCUUCGGCAAACGUGUCGUGAGGCCCUUUCUAUCCAGUAAGGAUCGUUAGUUGGAGAUUCCCUCGCUUUGGGAACAGCGGAAUCUUCUGAUCUGUGUAAGUAGUAGCUUGUAGUUUUCACAGUGCUUGCCCCAAGUGUUGGAUCAAUCAACAUUAGGUCAUUUAUGGGAUGUGAGUGGUGUGUUAGGAGGUGUUUGUAUUAAUUCAAUAAAAUGCCCUCUGGAUAGAAACUGGAAUGGAGAAUGACACGGUCAUCUUUAGUGCAUGAAUGCAGAUUCUGAAGUGUUAAUCGUACUCUUAACAGAACAACAAACUAAACACAUAUUUUAAAGCCUGUCAAUUUUUUAGGUUUCCAGAAAUAUCUUUGAAGUGGCAACAUUGUAAGAGGAAGUCGUGGUACACUAUUUGAAAAGUAUAAUGCUUCAAGAACAGUAGCUUGUCCAAACCUGGCUUAUAAUUGUAUGUUAUUCUGCCUAAAAGCAUUGUUAAUAAUGAAAUGAGUUCAUGCACAAACAUGCAGGACAAUUUAAAAUUGAUUUUUGUUUCACAAAGAAGCUGCUAACAGAGACCAAACUCAUUCAGUAAAGUGGCUUAAUUCAGAAAUUGAAAAAAAAAAAAAAUGUGCAGAAAUAUUGUAGAUUUAAACAUGAUUCUGUCUAAUGUAACAUUACCCAUCUGUGUUAUGAUGUGAAAUAUCUGCCAUAUUGAUAAUGAACAAAUCCUUAAGGGGUCAGUAAGAUUUUUUUUAAUUAAUGUUUUUAUUCAGCAAGGAUGCAUUAAAUUAACCAAAAGCUACAGUAAAGAAAAAAAAAAAAAAAAUCAAAUAAAUACUCUUCUUUUGAAUUUUCUAUUGAUCAAAGAAUCCUGGCUGCUGUGUUGGAAAAUUCAGCUCUGCCAUCACCAAAAUAAAUUACGUUUAAAAAUAAAUUAAAAUAGAAAAACUUUAUUUUAGUUUCUAAUAAUAUUUCACAAUAUUACUGUUUUGACUGUCUUUUUUGAUCAAAUAAAUGCAGCCUUGAAGCAUAAGAGACUAAAAAAAUCAUACCAACCCCAAACAUUUGAACAGUAGUGUGAUUCUGGAUUGACUGAGUUGUUCUAGGUUACCUGGACAUUUUUCUCCGUUGACAUGAUGAUGUUGUGAACUGAUGAUGGAAUUUAACCUUAUCGUACGCAGUGCCCUUUCAGGACUUUUUGUGUUACACUAACCAUGUGAAUCACGAUCACAGAUGUGAUUUGGGGCAAAACCGCUGUCAUGGGCCAUCCACUCUUCCCUGAGACAAUCUGACCCCAUUUACAUCUGGUAAUAACAUCGGUUUCUGAAGGUCCAACAUUAGCAUGCAGUGAGACAGAAGAACAUCUGAAGUUUGACUAAAAUAACAUUGAGCAUUCCUCUAAAAAUCAGAGACCAUCCCUUUAAAAUCCAAUCAUAUGUUGUCACAGCACAUCAGAUCUGAGACGGAUAAUAAUAUCAGGUGUCUUUGCUGCCCCGUUUCAAACUAAGUAUCACUGAAUUUCGCAAUCAGUUCACAGUGUCUAAAUGACAAGAAUAACACUAAACAUUAUUCAAUGAUCUGGAUAACUGAGAAUCUUCACAGACAAUUCUGAGUAGGUCGUAACUGUAGCAGUUAGUCCUUUAAUAUUUGCCUGUAAUACAAAAUCAGUAUUGACUCUGAAGAAAAGAUUUUGUCAUGCCUAUACAUUUUUACCUGUGGUUGUUGAAUAUCAACCACUUCCUUGAAAGUCUAUUAAAUUAACACAACAGAUGUUAUAUGUUCUUUACUCCAAUACACAAAAUAAUCAUUGUAAAGUAAGUGGCAUUGUAUUUUUUCCCCCCAGAUGAUAUUUAUUAUAUUGUUUUUCCCUGCUAACACACACACACACACACACACACACAAAUGGUUGUAUUAUGUUGGACUGGACUGACAGAUCUUUAUCUUUCUCUUUGGAAACUGAAGUGUCCUUUGAUAUAUUUCUCUCUCAAACUCUUUUGUACCUCUAUUGAUAUUAAUUAUUUUAGGGGCUGUUUUGUAUGAAUGUAAAUGUACAGCUAUAUUGUAAAUACAUGUUUAAUAAAAAAAAGACACUUUUUUCAU